CAAACUUCUACACAAGAAGCGCUCUUCGAAAAUCCGAAUUCAAAUACGGCGGACGGGAUUGUUUUUCGCGUGCGUAAUGAUAUGGUGGUUGGUACCGUUCCAGCACAAUUCCCCCAAGUCAUAUCUCCCUCGGAUCGACGAAUCAAGACCAACAUCGAGGACGUGGACGAGGAUGAUAUUCUUCAGCGGUUGCAGACGCUUGAAAUCAAACAGUAUCGAUACACAGACGAAUGGAGACGGAUUCGUGGCAUCGAAGAUUCGGUU